AUGUUUGUAAAUUACAAGCAGCAUGUUAUUGUUGAAUACUACUAUCCAAAGAGACUUCAAUCAUGCAAAAAGAAAAGAGAAAGGAAUGCUCAAUUGAUUCCUUUUUUAAGAGUAGGUCUUGUUGUUAAACUGGUUGAACUAAAGGAUUUAUCCAAUGAUACAAUAAAAGGAGCGCCAUCACAGUUGAUGAACGCCAAAGCUAUAAUUUAUUAUUACAAAAGCGUUGUUAUUGAUGGUGAUGAAGAUGAAGAUGAAGAUGAAGAUGACGAUGACGAGGAAGAGGUAGAAGAGAAUAAAUAG